AGAGUACAGACCAAGGUUUUCUAUUGAGUAUUAUUAUUAUUAUUAUCAAUAAUAAUUGUGCACUGUCUACUGGAAAAACUGAGCAUUUUUCUUCUAAAAGAAAUUGUGGACAUUUUUCCCUUUUUUUUGAGCUGAAUCAUGUCGAAGAGAGUAGCUGAUAAAUAUCUCACGGAUCAAAACUGGGAGGAGGAAGAAGAGCCUCAGGAGGCAGGGGUUUUUACUCCUGCUGAUGCAGAUGUUCUGAAAGGAAGAGUUUUUAAAAAAGCAAGAAGAAGAGUGGGAGAAAAACCAGAGGGUUCUACGGGUGCUUUUUCUGGCUUCGGUGGCUUGAAGCCAACAGGUGUUGUUGGGUCAAAUGGUUUUAAAGGUUUUGGUUCAAGUUCUGGUGGUUUUGGAACAGCAGGGAAAUUCACAUUAUCUUCCAAAGCUGGAUUAACAACUGCCAUGCAAGGUAGUAAUGAUGGAAAAACUGUUGAAGUAUCAAGCAGUAAUAUAUCAGAGAGUUCAACUUCAGUAGCCAAGCCACCAGCUGAAGAUAAACCAUUAGAAACCAAGACGAAUGAAAGUAAACCAGCAGUAAAAGAGAAUUCUGGUGAAUCUGAAUACAACAGACAUCUAAGUGCUCUAAACAAAAGUGUCAGCCAAUGGAUUACGGAUCAUGUAGUAAAGAACCCGCUUUGUGAUCUGUCACCGAUAUUUAAGGAUUAUCAGAAAUAUUUGAGCGACAUCGAUGAUAAAUAUGGCUCGGGAAGUCAAUCUGAAUGUGACAGUUCACAAGGCUCUGCAGUUGAAAGUUCCCCAAGUUCAAAACCCACCCAAGAAAAAUCUCAAGCUAAAAGUUAUUUUGAAAUAAAACCAAUCACGCCAGCGGACACAACUACUUUAAUACCUACGGCUAAAUCAACUGUCACGUCCCCACCAGAAAACCCCUUGGGUGGAUUCAAACCCAGUGCCCCUUCCCCUUUCAAAGGGUUUGGUUCCUUCGCAAGCAGCAGUAAACCGGAAACGACCGGUUUUACAGGUUUUCAGUUUUCCUCAACAAUGGUUGGAGGUUCUAAACCAGUUGCUCCAGAUUCUACAGUAACUAAACCUCUGACAACUGAAGAAGAAUAUGUUCCUCCGAAAAACGACUCACAAGUUGUGACAGAGGAGGACGCCUUCUACACUAAAAAGUGUAAAUUAUUCUACAUGAAAGAUGGCUCAUACACUGAUAAAGGCGUCGGCCAUAUUCACUUGAAAUCUGUAGAAUCAUCAAGCAAAACACAGCUUAUAAUAAGAGCUGACACUUCACUUGGAAAUCUGCUGCUUAAUAUUCUACUAAACCCAGCUAUGCCAGUCUCAAAACAAGGGAAAAAUAAUGUCUCAAUAUCCUGCAUACCUAACCCCCCUGUUAGUGAAAGUGAACCAAACAAGAUUGUCCCGUUGCUAAUCCGAGUAAAGACGUCUGACGAUGCAGACGAACUGGUCGAACUUUUAAACCAAAAGAAAAAAGAAUCAGAGUGAAAAAGUUGUUUUCAAUCAUUUCAAAUACCAAUAUCGUAGUACCAAAAAUACCAAAAAUGUAUUCAAAAGUUCACGUUGCUCUAUGUUUCGCCAUAUUGUCGCAUUUAAUAGUUUCGUUCUGUGGUUAUAGUAGAGUGGGGGAAGAUGGGACACCU